AUGACAUCUAAACGUAUAAAAGUAUCUUUUCAAAGACGGGAGGACAGCACUUCUAGCUACCACUGCUGUGUGCCGCAGUGUACUGCAUCUGCUACAUUUAACAGGUUUCUCAGUUUUCACACAUUUCCCAAAGAUAAGGAAACACAGAAGAGGUGGAUAGUUAACAUACAACGCGACAGUUUUACAGUUACAAGCCAGACAAGAGUGUGCAGCCGACAUUUCCAAAGUGCAGACCUCAUUGAGCCUCAAACUCCAGCAGGACGCAGACGUCUGAAGAAUGGCGCUGUCCCGGUGCUUUUUCAGUGGAAUAACUUCACUCUUCCAGCCCCACGGACCGGAGUUUGGGAAAGGAUAACGCGAUUAAACACAGACACAUUGCACACUGGUGAUGCCCCCUCUAUGGAUGCGGAAUCUUACGACCAUGACUACUGCUCCACUGCUGAGCCUGCUGCCUUGGAUUUGUCCCUGGAGCACACUGAAGAUCUACGUGUGGAAAUAACAAAGCUCCGAAAACAAAUAGAGGAGAUAACCCUCAACAGCAAGUUCUGUUUGGAGCGGUUUGCGGCCUCCGAUGAUGACAUUUGGUUUUACACAAGGUUUGCGACUCACGCCCACUUGAUGGCCUUUUGGAGGCAGAUAGAACCAGCAACAGGCAAGAUUGUACGGGUGACAAGAGCUCAAACUGCAGCUGUAUCAGAUGAAGUUCCUCACACUGCCAAUGCAACAUCACUUCAACCCAUUGAUGAAUUUUUCCUGUUUAUGACAUACCUGUCACUGGGUCUGAUGCAGAAGGAUCUGGCACACAGAUUCAGAAUCCACCAGUCAACUGUAAGCUGCAUCAUCAACACAUGGGCUAACUUCCUCUAUGGACUGCGGUGCCAAACACCAAACUCUCUUCUCCUCCAGAGCGAGGUAUUCUCGACCUACAAGUCACACUGCACCUUCAAAGGGCUGAUUGGAAUUGCCCCUCACGGUGCUCUUACUUUUGUGUCAUCCCUCUAUGAGGGCGCCAUCAGUGAUAAAGAAAUUCUUAAGCAGUCGAGUAUCGUGUCUCUCCUAAAACCAACAAUGGCUAUAAUGGUCGAUAAAGGUUUCCUAGUGGAAGACUUCAUCCCCUGCAAAAUACACAUACCUACGUUCUUGUCAAAGAGAGCACAACUGUCUAGGCCAGAGCUCAGGAAAACCCAGUCGAUAGCAAGACUGAGAGUCCAUGUUGAGAGACUCAUUCGAAGGGUGAAAGAGCACAAGAUAUUCAACACCAUGAUCCCUCUUUCACUCACAGGCAGCAUUAACCAACUUUAUACAGUAGCCUGUCUCUUGGUUAACUACCAAAAUGGGCCCUUAGUUAAAGGGUGGGCCAGGGAUUGCUAA